CUCCACGUUGAAACAAGCACCGUGUCCCUUUAAAAGCGUCUGACAAAAAAAAAAAGAGCCCAUAUGAUCCCCGAGCUCCAAUCACCAAUUCCUCCUUCCACGAGCAGCCUCUGCACUUCUUGUCUGUGUGGAGGCUCCAGCAGCAGCAGCGGCACGGGGAGGGGGGGGGAGAGAGAGAGGAGAUUCACAGACAUACCGGAGAAAUGUGACAAUUCAACGGCGAUUUUCAUGGCGGAGGAGAAACUGCUGCGAGAGGAGUUGUUGUUGGACUCCGGUGAGCCUCGAAACGCUGGAUCAAAAUGCUCAUAGUGGAGAAGACCACAGACUUCCCCUCUGCUGAGUUCUCUCUAGUGGAGGAUGUAGCUCUGCACUUCACCUGUUUGAUGGACAGGCUGAACGAGCAGCGCCUCUUCCAGCCCGACCUGUGCGACGUCGACAUCGUUCUGGUCCGGCAGCGCAGCACCUUUCCGGCCCACAAGGGCGUGCUGGCGGCCUACAGCCCUUUCUUCCACUCCCUCUUCGCCCAAAGCAAGCAGCUGCGGCGGGUGGACCUGUCGCUGGACGCCCUGACCUCGCAGGGCCUUCAGCAAAUACUCAACUUCAUCUACACCUCCAAGCUGCUGGUGAGCAGACGCACCGUGCGCGACGUGCUGAACGCAGCCACCCUGCUGCAGAUGAGCGACAUCGCCGCCUCCUGUCGCGACCUCAUCAGCAGCCACUCGCUGAGGACCACCUGCACGGAUAUGGCAAAUCAGGAAAGGCUUGGCAGCGGUGACCCAGCGGUGGCCAUUACUGCCAGCCAGCUGUACCGGGAGAUCAAACAGGAGUCGGAGCUGGGCAGGGUGUACACGAGGGAGGGCAGCAGCCCGUUCUCAGUGCGGGUGGAGGAGGCGGGGAAGACGCCCUCCCAGCAGAAGCAGUACUACCAGAAAGAGGAGGGAAAAGGGGGCGGGGCCGGCUCAGGUGCUCUCUGCAAAGUAGAAGGCAACGGCGAGGAGUCCAAGUCCGCAGACAGCCACUCCUCCUUCAACAGGGAUCAGAUCAUUGUUGAAGUGAACCUCAACAACCAGACCCUCAAUGUGUCAAAGGGAUCGGAGGGCAAGUCAACAUCUGCCACCGAGACGGCCAUCAUGUUUGCCCGUUGCCACGACACCGAGAGAGAUUCAGAUGAUGAUGACGAGAACGAGCUGGAGAAUGAUGCAAUUGAGGAAGAUGAGGACGACCUGAAGAGGGGAGACCUACUGGGGCAGAGCAGCGAGGAGGAAGAUGAAGAGGAGGAUGAAGAGGAGGAGGAGAACACCCUGAACAUUCCAGGCUUGGAGCAGACGUCCAUAAUGGAUCGGCCUCGACGGGGCAUCAGGGCCUUGGCCAUGGCGGGAACCACGACCUCCAUGCGGCACACGCUGGCAGAGGCUACACUAGCCAACCAGCGGCCGGGUGGGAAGAGGAGUCUGGAUGCCGAGGGCCUGGGCCAGAAGGUGAGGCUGGAGGAGAAGCAGCAUUUCCCGUGUAAGAAAUGCCCCCGCAUCUUCAACAACCGCUGGUAUCUGGAGAAACACAUGAACGUCACUCACAACCGCAUGCAGAUCUGCAGCAACUGCGGGAAACGCUUCCUGCUGGAGAGCGAGCUGCUGCUGCACCAACAGACCGACUGCGAGAAGAGCAUCCAGUGUGUAACGUGUGGCAAGGCCUUCAAGAAGCUGUGGUCAUUACACGAGCACAACAAGAUCGUCCAUGGCUACGCCGAGAAGAAGUUCUCCUGCGAGAUCUGUGAGAAGAAGUUUUACACCAUGGCUCAUGUCAGGAAGCACAUGGUCGCCCACACGAAGGACAUGCCGUUCACCUGCGAGACGUGCGGGAAGUCGUUCAAGCGCAGCAUGUCCCUGAAGGUUCACUCUCUGCAGCACUCAGGAGAGAAACCCUUCAAGUGUGAGAACUGUAGCGAACGCUUCCAGUACAAGUACCAGCUGCGCUCCCACAUGAGCAUCCACAUCGGACACAAGCAGUUCAUGUGCCAGUGGUGCGGAAAGGACUUCAACAUGAAACAGUACUUUGAUGAGCACAUGAAGACACACACUGGAGAGAAGCCGUACAUCUGUGAGAUCUGUGGGAAGAGCUUCACCAGCCGGCCCAACAUGAAGCGCCACCGCCGCACCCACACCGGAGAGAAGCCGUACCCCUGCGAGGUGUGCGGCCAGCGCUUCCGCUUCUCCAACAUGCUCAAGGCCCACAGGGAGAAGUGCUUCCGCGUCAGCAACCCCAUGGUCGCCGACGGAACCGACCCCACCGGGCUCGACCACCCCCUGGGGUCCCCCUCUAUGGACUCGUCCGUUCAGGGCCAGCUGGGGAUGGUGCUUACCGCCACGUCUGUCACCACGCCCCCUGCUGCCUCUAGCCCCCACCCCCUCCACGGCACCCAACUGUCCCUCCCCCUGCUGCACCCCAUAGGCGGGCUUCCUCCCGUCCCUCAUUUACGCCCACCGCCUCCCCUGUUCUCUGCCGGUAGGAUGAACUCCAACAACUAACAAAUCUCUCUUGCAUCGAAAGCACUUUGUUACCUUUUUGUUUUUACUGUUUUUUUUCUCUCUCUCUGAGCUUUUAAAGACGACUCAUGCUGCGGGAGAGUGGUGCACCUCCGUGACACAGAGGGGAGAAACGGAUUGAAGGCCAGACAGAGGCCUCAUAAAAAUACAUAUACACACACACCACAAUAAUAAAUAAUUAUUUUUUACUCUCUUUAAUACAAUAGAUAACCUCAGUGUCCAGUAGGACGUGUCGUCAUCACUCUUCUUUCUCCUCGUUUCACAACCCUGUCCUGGUUUCAUUUGGGAUUUUCCGACACCACAUUUUUCCAGAGCCUUGCACAAUGCAUUGAUUGUAGCAUCUUUAAAAAGUGGGUGGAUGACUUUCCCUAAAUCUUCACUCAUCCGGGGGCUCAUCAGUCGAAUGAGGACCACAUUGGAAAAAAAACUGUUUUAUUUGCUGUUCUCUGCCAAGAUGUAGCGAGAGGUUCUGGUUCCUACCCAGCAAUAACCAAAUGCUGAUUUGUCUUUGAGCAUAUACAUGUAUACGGCGGCGUUGCCAAUAACCAAAUCCUGUUAGCUCACCUGCUAUAGAUAGGUAACGUUAUACAGCAUUUAUAAUCGAUCCUGCACCUUACAUUUAACUCUAGUGAUAUUUAAAAUGUAAUCCUACUUGUCCUCAUUUUUAUAAUUGUGAUCGUGUGUUAUAUGUGGCACGUUAACGUCAAUUUGUAAGGACUUGAGAGAAGUGGCGACGCGUGGUUGAGUCGACUGUGCAAUGCAGUGUGUGGUGUUUGUGAUGAUGUUUGUGUGCGUGAGUGUGUGUUUUUGUGUGUGUGUGUGUGAGACGGACAGAGAGAUGUGAAGCAGAGAUGGGAGGUGAGAAUAUUUAGAUUCUAUAUUCGCCUAAUUAACGCUUGAGCUUCCCCUUAAAGCAGGAGAUGGAGAAAUCUGUCGACUCGUUUUGUUGCUUACAUUAAGCAAGCUCGCUCCUCUCCUGCAGAUCUGGCUCCGAGACGAUACAGCACUUUUCUGUGACUUGUUAGUAAAACAUAAUGUACUCUGACCUACAGUGUAUCUGUAGGUUUACUUCUAAUGUUAACGUUCAGCUCAUUUCUCCACUAAACCCAAUCUGUGUAAUUAGUUUGCAGAAUACCAACCCUAUAGGGAUAAUAAUAUUCACAAACUUUGCUUAUGUAGCUCAUUACGUGUGCACAUUUCAUCAUGAUGUAUAUUGUGAAAUGUUUAACAUUAUAUUCCAAUGCCUAAAUCUCUUAAAGAGCACUGACGGUGAUUACUUUUGGCACAACAGAGCUCAUCACUAAAAGGGCUCGUAACUGUUACUGUACAGACUGACAGCAGUGACCUGCGGAAGUGAAGCAAAGUUAGGGUUGUGUAAUAUACGUGGUGUCACAGCCGCUCAGAAAAAAGUGGCUCAAUGUGCACUCUUGACAAGUGAUAGUCACAAAUCUACUGGAGUAGAAGUUAAGGAAAUGUAAUCAAAUCCUUCUCAACAAAAAUGUCUCAAAGGAAUAGUUCAACAAUUUAGGAAAUACACUGAUUUGCUUUCUUGCGGAGGAAUUAGAUGUUCGAUAGCAUAGACUGUAAAUCAAGGUGGACGAAUUAUCUCCACCUCCUUUUACUGUCCGGAAACGAAGCCAAAUAUUCUGGAUACGAAUAUGUGCCAUUUUGCACAUUUAGACCCCGAACAGCUGAUACACCCCCUCGACCAAUCGUUAGUCAGCUGUCAAUAUUGAACCCCCAUUUUUAUAGCAUCACAUAACUAUAAAACCAAACUUACUGCAACAAUUAACACUUGUACUGUUGUACACACAUCACUGUGAUAAGAACUUUCCGAAAAUGACUGAAAGCUUUAAAAAAAAUGAUAUGAUGUGUACUUUCUGUCCAUGUCCCAUUGACUAGCAUGUGGCAGGCAGAAUGACCUAUACUAAAGUCAGCCACUAGAGGGCAACCAAGACAUUUUGGCUUCAUUUUUGGAUAGCUGGAAAGAUGUCCAUCUUUAUAGACAGCAUACGGUCGAUACGAUUUCCUACACAUCGUAUAUGAAGCUACAUGCUAGAUUAGCAUAGACUGGAAAUGGCUCGUUAUACAGCCACCGACGACUAAAAGUAAUCAGUAGGUGGAUUUUGUCACCUAAUGACAAUCUGUAUGUAAUGCUAAGCUAGCUGCAGCUGGAUACAAACUUAAAGACUGAAAACAGGGAAACAGCUAGCCUGGUUCUGUCGAUGCAUACAAAGCUCCACAUUUAACUGUUUGUAUCUUUGUUUUAUCUACACAAUGCAUUUUAAAAGUGAUCAGUACUUUGACUUCUUGCGUCUCCAGAAAUGAUCCAAUUACAAAAUAAUAACCUGUACCUGUUAGCAACAUAGCUAAAGUGGUGGUUGUUACUUUUGAGCCAAACUAAGCUAACUGUUUCCACCUGUUUCCAGUCUUUGGGCUAAGCUAAGAUAUCAGCUGUAUCUUGAUGAUAAAUGGACAUUUAUCAAGUUGAUGUAAGGAUAUGACUGUCAGCAAGAAAGCAAAUAGAUAUUGCCUCUAAAAUGUCAAACUGUUUUUUUUAAUCAGACAUUUCUUAUCCGAAAAGUGUCUCUGUGCACUAUCGAUGCACUCCCGCUCACUUAAGCUCUAUCUAGCCUUCCCGUAGUGUCGCAUUAAUCUGUAAAUAUUGUUAAGACGUGUUUCUUCCUUGUGAUUAAUUCCUAAUGUUUACAUUUGGAGAGUCAGUUGAAUGUGCCCCCACAUGUGUCUUGGCUGGUGACUAUAGAGGAAAUUGGAAUUUUCCGAUUAAUCUUCUGUAAAUAGGCCGUUGACUUGUUUUAUUUAAAAGACAGAUUAAAGCACCUUCGAGUAGUCUUACUUCCAGCUCAUCCCAGUAAAAUGUAUUCCCUAAACUGCCAUGGAUAAAUGGACAGGGCCACGUCAGAUGAUAUUCGAUGAUGGUACGUUUUCAAUGUUUUCUUCAUGUGUCAAACACAUGUUUUGUAUUUUUUGAUUUGCUGCUUUUUUCAGGGUCCAGUGAGACUGCCCUUUAAAUGAGAAGUCCAGAGCUGUUGAAUUUUUAGCUGUGAUGAAUCUGAUUGAGCCUUACUGGACGGUGAGCUCCAGGGUGGGAAAUGAGAUACAUUAGAGGAGGAGGUAACUGUCAACGAUUUAUACCUGACUAAGGUUUGAUCUCGCCAGUGGUGGAUGUGGACGAUAGAUUGUUGACACAGAGGGGAGAUGAAGGCAGCCUGAACAAGGACUGUUGCUCUCUUGUGGCAACUAUUUAAAUUGCACUCAAUUAACAAUCCUACACUAAAGAAAGAAAAAAGCCUUCCUCAAAGUAGAUUAUCAUUUAUUUGAGAAGCCCGUCCCCUAGAGUCAUGAGAGGUGGCUAGAAAGCCACUUAACAAGUGUUUUCCCACUUUACUGUUUUCAGAAGCACGAGCCCGAGAGACAAUAUUGAGAUACUGUGGUAAUAGCUGGUGUGUUUGUCUUAUGAGGGAUCUGAAUGUGUUCUGGAUGUAGCUGACAGUAAACGAGGAGGUAUGGUAGUUCAAACUACUGAUUUAUGCACUUUGAUCACCACACUUGUCCAUUAUAGGGACAUGUAUGCACCUGCGAGAUGGAAAGAAGAAAGCAGAGAUGUGUCACGGUGGAAAUGUUUAAAUCCAAAGGCAUACAUUUUACAUUUAAAUGUACCGGGUGGAUUUUGAUGCUCAUGAAUUAUUAACAAAUUGAAUACAAAUCAGUGAUUUUCUCAUUUGUUUCAGACGUCACGGUUACUAAGUUGCAGGCCUUGACCUCACUUGUACUUUGUCUCCUUGAAUAACUUAGAGGAUGAUUUGCUGUGCUGGGACUGUGGACGAUUGAGCUGUAACAACUCAGUUAUGUGUCACUGGGCCACUAAAAAGGCGUUUCUGAGUAUCGGCCUGUUCUUUCACUGUGCUCCUCUUUAAGUAUUUGUGACUCCUUCCUAAGGAUGCAUUCAAUUCAGCUAGAGCUGUCUGUGGUUUGUUUGUUCCCUGAUCACAACCACACAUGAGACUGUUAUGUUUCGUGUUCUGAGAAAGUAUCAAGGUAGGGAUCAUUUGCCAAAUUGAUAAAUGGGAAAGAUUCAAUGAUUAUUGUGAGCACUUUAUAAUCCAGCUCAGCUGGUCGGUUUCGAACGCUGAUGCAGUAGCACUUAUUUGAAUUUAAAAAAAGCUGAUGAUAGUAUUGUUUUUUAUUUUAUAUAUUUUGUUUGUUAUAUUUCCAUGGCAGAUGAUUAUAGGAAAUUUCAAAAGUGCAGUUUCUGCCAAACUUUUGUUCCUGGCAGGUGCUGAGUCCUCUGAAACAACAUUUCAACCAAAGGGAAAAAACCUGUUUGUUCAGACUCUGUUAAAACAAAACAUCUUACUGCCUGUACCUGAUCGAAAUAAUGUUACACCAGAAUCUGUUAAGUUAUGUACUUCCAAACCAAAUGAUGCAGUGUUAAUCAGCUGCUGUUCCGAUAAAUCAAACAAACAGCGUUUUAAUCAUCAUUUUGGAGGGAAAUGAAUCUGAGCAGAUAAUCUGUUUCUUUACUGGCCAAGAUUCAUCUAAUAAAUGGGGUUGUGUGUAACAUUUUUGGUAAAAAUGUAAUUUGAUUUAAACAUGUGGAGUGUAUAACACUGUAUCAAGGGACAGUUCAGAGACUGACCUGUCUUUGAAAGUCUAAAUCCAGCCUAGAAAGCAGCAUUUGCCUGUCUUGGAUUAUUUAGUUAAUUAAAUCUUCCCAAAAAUCCAGCUGCAAAGGAGAGAAAUCAACCCUGUGACAUCAGUAAAGCCAAUGGUUUAUAGAAACACAUUGUGUGGGUAUUUUUUUAAAUACAGUUUUUAAAAGUUAAAUGGCAGUAAAGCUGAGAUUCUAGUUAGUGAUAAAGGAGAUUUUGCACAGUGUUUAGGAUUCCUAGAUUCAAGGCAGGUAGGUUUUUAUGUCUUUUAAUUAGCCAAAGUCUCCGAGCAGCCAAAGGCUUGUGUUAAAUGAGGCAAAGGUGGACCUCCUCUUGUCCUUAAAUGAGGGGUUGUCAGUGAUUGAGUGGCUGCCUACAGCAUCAUACUGACUCUGCAUUCUGUGUCGCACCCAAGGAAAAUGCUCGUAACAUAAUGAAGCGUUGAGAACAGCAGGUAUCUCAAGCCAGAGCGUUUGUCGAAAAAGGAAUUUCCUCUGUGGCCUUCAGGUUCCGAAAAAAAUAUAACAUGACUCUGAAAAUGAUGAAAAAAAAGCUAGAAUUUGUUGAAAUGUGUUGGAAAGUUUCCUUCUCUUUAGAAAAGAAUGGUGGAAUAGGAACAGCUUUUGUUUGUUUGUUUGUUUUUGUUUUACCAUAUUUUGGGCAAAUGUACGGGGCCACAAAACUGACAAUGUUUAUCAAAUGAGUCAAAAAUAUAAUAGAAUACAUCAAUAAAUCAAUUUAAGAAAAAUUAUGAGAUAGAGAUUAGAGAUUUAAAGUUUGGGUCGUAUUCUGUCAACAGUAAACAUGUUUUGUUUUUGAAUGUGUUGUAUGAUUUAUGUUAGAUUUGUUCAGUUUAAAUUUAGUUUUUGAAAAAGAAUGAAAUCUGACCCUUUAAGAAGCUUUAGCAUUAGUAGCUGGUGUAGUUUAAUGACAAAACCGAGCUUCAGCUUGGUAGCUUGCUGUCAAAGCUUGUGUUUCACUGUGUUUAACCACUAGUGUUAAUCAGCUAACAUUAGAGGUCAAGUGUGGACGAUUUAGGUGAAAGGGUUCUAUUGGCAUAUAUCAAAUAUAAAAUAAUCCUAGUAAUGAUUUCACCAGUGUGUUUAAACUGUACAAAUUGUUGUUUUCUUUACCCUAGAAUGGGCCCUUUUGUAUUUAAAUACUUUAUAUUAAUAUCAGGCCGCCAUGUUUUUUACAGUAGCCUAGACUGGACAAACUAAACACCUUUAGAGUUUUUAUGACAGCUGAAGGCUUACACAGGUUCUCUUUCAUGUUUGUCAGGGUGAGGUAUUCAGCUGCAACAUGCAACUUAACCACUAGAUAUCACUAAACUCUGCACACUGAACCUUUAAGUUAGGUUUGCAAACACACAAACCCAGGACCAGUCACUGCUCUGAACAAACAUGAACGUUUCAUCUCAUGUAUAAAAAGGAAAGAGCUUGAAAAAAAUACACAAUACUGUUGGAAAUACUACUUCAAAUAUAGGCAACGUAUUAAAAAACAAUUAAAGUAAAAUCUUUAUAUUUCUCUUAACACUCUAUUUAAACAAUUGGACCAACUAAUUUAUUUGUUUGUUUUGAUGUAUUUUUGACUCAUCUGAAAAUAUUUGACCAUAUUUGGACAGUUGCUGGGCUGACACAAGAACGUGAACACGUGUUGUUGGUUAUUUUGCAUGUGAAUGUUUGGUUAAAACCUUUCUUCAACGGUGACGUCAAACCUCUUAUUAAAUAUGAUGAUACUCACCCUAGGCAACAACGCAGUGGACAAUUCAAAGAUGUAUUCUCCACAAACCCUCCAUGUUUCCCAUACUUUGCAGUUGUGUUGAAGACAUCUUAAUGUGUACUGUCAUUUGCUGAUUCUCCACUUUAUAAUGUAAACACUAUGUCUUAGUUAACUCUGGUGUACAAAGACCAUGUGUAAGCAGUAGUCGUCAAGUUCAGCUAUGUUAAAAUACUAAAAACAGUACAAGGACAGUAGUGUCUAGGGGUGCUAAUAACAUUAGACUGUAUUUUCUGUCUUUUCUUGUAUUCUUGACUAGUGUCUACCGUCUGUAACACAGCAGAGCGUAAUGAAAUCAUUUCAAUAUUAAACAGUAUAGAUAUAUUAUUGCAAA